AUGUCGUCUCCUACGAAAAGCAUCGGGUGCGACGUGACCAAGGCGCCAUCACCGCCUAUGAACUUCCCAGUAUCAGGCUUUCCUAUUAUUCCUGACGGACAGCGCUGGGAGGAAGAAAACUACGAGCUCUUUAAACCGGGUUAUUACUAUCCAGUAAAUAUUGGCGAUGUUCUUGUAUCUAAGUACCAAAUUGUUGGUAAACUGGGUUGGGGAAGUACCUCUACUGUCUGGCUAGCCCGCGACCUUGAAGCACAUCAGUAUGUGACUUUAAAGAUAUACGCUCAAAAUGAGGAGAUAGUAAACGAAUUUGGAAUCUAUCAGUACUUGGAAAGAAUCGCAUCCAAAUCGACAUACCCUGGUAGACAAAAUGUCCGAACCGCCAUCGGCACCUUCGUCAUUCCACGGCCAGGAGGCGAUCAUGAAUGUCUUGUACAGCCGGCAACUUGGGAGAGCUGGCGCGAUCUUUUAUAUCGGAUUCCGAGCGGAGUCUUCAACGAGGAACUUCUCAAAUUAUCGCUCAAGCAACUUCUCCUCGCACUAGACUUUCUUCAUAGCGAGUGCAAGAUUAUCCAUACAGACAGCAAGGGUGACAAUAUGCUCCACAGCAUAUUUGACCAAACACUUCUGACUGAUUUCGCUGCCGCCGAGAUGGAAGGGCCUAGUCCUCGCAAGAUAGUCGACGGGGUUCCUAUCUAUGCUUCUAGGCGCUUUGGAUUUCCUAAAGCGCUUGGGCCUGUGGUACUAGGUGAUUUCCGCUCGGCUGUGAAGGGCGAAGAGAAAAGGAACCACAAUGCCGGACCUGAUAUUUACAGGGCGCCCGAGGUGAUAAUCAAAGCCGAUUGGAGUUAUCCAGUUGACAUUUGGAAUGUUGGCGUAUUGAUCUGGGACCUGUUUGAGGGUAAACAUUUGUUUUGCAAUCUUAAUGAGGAAAAUGGGGUGUUGGAUUACUCGACUGGCACCCAUUUGGCAGAAAUUAUUGGUGCUCUGGGACCUCCGCCGCUUGAUCUUCUGGAAAGAGGGAUAAGAAGCGACGAGUGGUUCCAUAAGGAUGGAACAUGGAAAGCUGAAAUAGAAAUUCCUGAAGACGCAAGCUUAGAUAAAUUGGAGGUCCGCUAUGUCGAGGGAGAACACAAAACGCAGUUUAUGCAUUUUGUAAGGUGCAUGCUUCAGUGGCGUCCAGAAGACAGGAAGACCGCGAAGGAAUUACUUCAACACCCGUGGCUCAAUCUAUAG